ACCUCGCUGCCUUCAGUGCAACAACCAAACGCAGCAUCAUGAAGCUCAUGCUCGUGGCCGCCAGUCUGGUGGCUGUUCUGGCUCUCGCUCACGCGGAAGAGGCCAAGGCAGCAGAAAAGGAAGUGGCAGCAUCCGAUAAUACUGCGGCGGCCGACGAAAAGAAACACGAAAAACGUGGACUGAUUGGUCUCGGUUACGGCGGACACGGUGGAUUCGGCGGUGGCCUCGGAGGUGGUCUAGGAGGCGGUUUCGGUGGUGGUCACGGUGGUGGGUUCGGCGGUGGCUACGGAGGUAGCUACGGCGGUGGCUACGGAGGUGGUUACGGCGGUGGCUAUGGAGGACACGAGGAAACGCACAAAACUAUCACCGUGGUCAAGAAUGUCCCAGUUCCCUACCCAGUAGAAAAACACAUUCCCUACCCAGUUGAAAAGCGCAUUCCCGUUCCCGUUAAGGUAGCAGUUCCCCAACCCUACCCAGUGGUGAAGCACGUCCCGUACCACGUCAAGGAGAUCGUCAAAGUACCAGUCCACGUACCUGCUCCCUACCCCGUCGAAAAGAAGGUCCCCUACCCCGUACAUGUCCCAGUCGACAGGCCCGUACCUGUCAAGGUAUACGUGCCACAACCUUACCCCGUAGAGAAGAAAGUACAUGUACCCGUCAAGGUUCACGUGCCCGCUCCUUACCCAGUCGAGAAGAAGGUGCCCUACCCAGUGAAGGUUCCCGUACAUGUACCCGCUCCCUACCCUGUGUACAAAGAAGUUCCCUACCCAGUCAAGGUACCCGUCGAUAGACCCUACCCCGUACAUGUUCCCAAGCCUGUGCCUUACCCAGUAGAAAAGCCCGUGCCUUACCCAGUAGAGAAGCCAGUGCCUUACCCCGUCAAGGUGCACGUCGACCGCCCCGUGCCCGUGCACGUCGAGAAACCCGUGCCGUACCCCGUCAAGGUGCCUUACCCAGCGCCCUACCCCGUCGAGAAGCACAUCCCGUACCCAGUGGAAAAGCACGUGCCAUACCCCGUCAAAGUACCCGUAGACAGGCCGUACCCAGUCCACAUCGAAAGGCACGUACCCGUCCACGUCGAGAAGCCCGUGCCUUACCCCGUUAAGGUUCCAGUGCCGGUCGUCGUCGGUCACGGACACGAGUAUGGACAUCAUGGUAGCUACUAGAUAGUUGCAGGGAGCAGACGCUGUAUUGUGAUAUUAUGUAAAUGUAAGAUUAGAUCGAGUCUGCGCGCGCGCGCCUUCGAGUUAUCUAUCAGAGCGGGUAGUGGAAGCGUUCCAGACCCCUGGGCAGCCUGCUCAGAGGCGCGCGCUCGCUACGCAUAUAAAGAGGGGUUCAUUCGUAGCGCGCUUCAUACAAAUGUAGUUGACUCUCAUUGAAUUGAUGACUAACGAAUCAAACUCACCGAAACUUUUUAGAUAAGAUCUAGGAACUAAUUAAUAUCUAUAAGUGUGGUUUUCUAAUUUUCCGUUAAAAUAUUCAGUUUCAAAGUUACAUGGUCUCAAGAAUUUGCGUACAUAAUAUUUAUACCCGUGUAAUUUUAAAACUCGUUAUUUUUACGGAUAACUGGCAAUUUACAGACUUAGAUAUUAGUAUCUAAAAGGUGUUUACAAAUUACAUAGAGUUUGGUUGAUUAAUAUUUAAAUGAGAAUCGAAUCACGUUUGUAUGGAACGUGUGACGGUGAGUCCCCUGCUAACGUAACUUUAUAAUUUUAUUUGUGUUUUGUUAUUAUUUUUUUAUUUUGUGAAACUGAUCGGUAAUGUUGCGUUUUUUUUACUUCGAGUUGAUGUACCUGUUAUUUGAUAGAACGAAAUGUGUUUACUAGCGAAAUAACGACCUAAGAAAUAAAUGCUAA